AUGCUGAUUGCCAAAUAUCACUACAGCCAGACAAAACCCAUUUCCAGUUCCAAGUUGGGCCCUCAUUUUUCUGGAACACCAAACAGGCCGUUGCCAAGAAUGCUGCAAAUGGUGCCGCAAUGGGUUGUGCUGAACUAUGUGGUUGCGAUCAGCCUGCGUCUGAAGUGGGCCUGGGAUUGCCUUCUUUUCCACUCCUUUUCCCACCCUAAUGGCCUGAGACUGCAGCCUGAAUAUGCCGAUGGCCUUAACGUUAAGUGCUACGAAAAUGAUUCGGAGGAGUGCGCUGUUUGUUUGUGCAAAAUUGAUGAAAGGGAAGACGUCAGAGAGCUGAGGUGUAACCAUUCGUUUCAUAGGGCUUGCUUGGAUAGGUGGUUGGGGUACGGCCACAUGACAUGCCCCUUGUGCCGGAGCAACCUCAGGCUGCCGCCAGGCACGGUGGACCUCCACCAGGAACUCAUACUAAUCAACUUCUGCGCCGCCUCUAGAUACAGUGAUCGCUGUGCAUGGUGGCUGCGAUGA